CCCUUCUCUUUUUUUCGUCUACACCAGAGCUGGAUGUGUAGAUCGUCACAUGUUGUUCCCCUUCUUGGUUCGCACACUAGCAGACAUGUGUUAUUUAUUGCCCAGCUGGGAAGACGGACGGACGCACUACCGGCUCUCGUAGAGGAUUAAAAUAACAACUCAACGAAAAGGAGCGUUUUAUCCGAAAGUGAAAGACGAGAGAAUGGCGAGUCCGCCAAACACGGGAGAUCAGCCGAUAUUACCCAGCAAUACGAGCGCGAAGGUGAAGAAGUGCGGCUAUUUGAAGAAGCAGAAACACGGUCACAGGCGCUUUUUCGUUUUGAAGGAUCAGAGUGACGGCUUCCCUGCGCGACUGGAGUACUACGAGAGCGAGAAGAAAUGGAAAAAUAAGUCGUCCGCAAAGAGAGUUAUACCGCUGGACUCCUGUCUGAAUAUCAACAAGAGAGCGGACGCCAAAUACAAGUAUCUCAUUGCUCUUUACACCAAGGACGAGUAUUUCGCUGUUGCUGCAGAGAACGAGCAGGAGCAGGAGAGCUGGUACCAGGUUUUAACAGAUUUAAUGUCAGAGGGAAAAGUCUAUGACGGCUCCGCGUCAAACUCUGCGUCCUCGCUCGUGGGCUUUGACGAGGCGAGCUACGGUGUAAUAACGCCGGUGUCUGCAGCCUAUAAGGAGGUAUGGCAAGUCAACUUAAAAUCUAAAGGCUUGGGGCAGAGCAGAAAUUUGACAGGGGUUUACAGACUGUGUUUGUCCAGUCGGACUAUCAGUUUUGUGAAGCUCAACUCGGAGGUCGCCUCCGUCAUUCUCCAGCUAAUGAAUAUACGGAGGUGCGGCCACUCUGACAGCUUUUUCUUCAUUGAGGUUGGUCGCUCUGCUGCCACGGGUCCCGGGGAGCUGUGGAUGCAGGCAGAUGACUCUGUGGUUGCGCAAAACAUCCACGAAACUAUUUUAGAAGCAAUGAAAGCCAUGAAGGAGCUGUCGGAAUUCCGUCCGCGCAGCAAAAGCCAGUCAUCCGGGACCAACCCCAUAUCUGUGCCCACACGGCGGCACCUGAACAACCCCCCUCCCAGCCAAACAGGGCUUCCCCGUCGGUCACGCACUGACAGCAUGGCCGCCACUUCACCAGUGAGCAAAUUCUCCUCGUGUAGAAUACGCACAGCCAGCGAGGGCGAUGGCACCAUGACACGCCCCUUAUCCGUGACGGGUAGCCCCUUAAGCCCCGGGGUCCAUCGGACACUCUUGAGCAGGUCUCACACCAUCACAACACGCCCCACACGGACAUUUGAGUCUUCGUCCCUCCAGCACAGUAAAUCUAUGUCAAUGCCACUGUCUCACUCCCCACCCAUGGGUGCCCCCAGCCUUGUGAGCCUGUCAUCCUGUCCUGAUAGCAGCGCGCCUCGCCCGUCCAGCUGUACUGCCUCUUUCUCCGGCUCUCCCAGUGACGCUGGCUUCAUCUCCUGUGAGGAGUAUGGCUGUAGUCCUGCAGAUAUGAGGGACAUCAGGUUACCCCUCUCUGUGCGCAGCAACACCCCCGAAUCUAUCAGAGCAGACACACCCCCAUCCCGGGACGGCAGUGAGCUUGACGGCUACAUGGUGAUGGAGCGGCAAAACCAGAAUGGUCACAGACGGGUCCCAGAACUAGAUAAAAGUUACCGUAAACGCACUUAUUCUCUCACUACCCCUCGCCAGCAGAGGGGUCCUCCACAAGUGUCCUCUGCUUCACUGGACGAGUACACUCUAAUGAGGGCAACAAACACCAGUGGCAGUCAGGGCUCUCGCAGGUGCCACACGACCUCUCCUAAAGGGACUCAUCCGGACGACUACAGGCCAGUUCAAAUGAGCACUGACAGCAUCCCUGAUGAGAAUGGCUACAUGCCCAUGAUGCCAGGUGUGGCACUGCAGACACCAAGGCCUAGGGAGGACUCCUACAUGCCAAUGAGUCCUAUGUGUAUCUCUGCCCCACAGAUCAUUAACCCACGCUCACACUCCUCAACUGUGCUGGCCCCACGCACUGACUCCCCUGGGAGUGUCUCACUGGAGGACAGUGGCUACAUGCCGAUGUGGUGUGGGGCCCGUAUGUCUGUAGACAACACAGAAGGAAAGGUCUCAAAUGGAGAUUACCUGAACAUGUCUCCAGUGGACCCGUUGGUGUCUUUUACCCCUCCAGAUUACAUCCUCAGCCCCACAGAGCCCCACCCUCGACAGGCCUUCUCUCACAGCUCUCUCUCACAUGCACUUAAGGGCCCACUGCAGAGGAAAGGCUCCACAGACUCAGACCAGUAUGUGCACAUGUCCAUACAGAAACAGAGGAUAGAAGAGGAGUCGAACCCCUGUCCUACAUCUGUGGGAGAGUCACUCACCACUGCAUCUCUUAGCAUGGCAUCCUGUACACCAUUCAGAAUAGCUCGGUCUGAGGGGGGCCUGAGCCAUAGGAACAGGGCGUGUCGUCCCACACGUCUGGCACUGGAGUCUCUCAGAACUUUACCCUGCAUGAGUGAGCACCCCCUGCCUUCAGAGCCCCGCAGCCCCGGAGAGUAUAUCAACAUUGACUUCAGCACUUCAACCCGUGAGUCUACUGCCCCCCAAUCCUCUGAUGGUUAUAUUGGCUCCCCAAAACACCGGCCUCAGGCCCUGAGCUCCCCUCUCCUGCUCAGUGAACAGCAGGGGCUCAAACAGGAAAGUGACCUGAGUGUGGAGACAGAGGCUCAGGUGGGAUGUCAGCCAGCCCCGGUUAGGGACGAUUACACAGAGAUGUCUUUUCCUCCUGUCUCCAUCCCUGCCCUUCCCACCAGCCCCACCACCUGUGUUCAGAGACUCAGCCUGGAUAACCCUCUGGUGGAGGAGGUACCCCCAGCUCCAGUGGACUCUUUUCUCUCAGGCGCUCCAUCUUUAUCUGUGAACCUUUUAGAUCCCCACAGAGGAGCCAAAGUGAUCAGGGCAGACCCCCAAGGUCGGAGGAGACACAGCUCUGAGACCUUUUCCUCCACCACCACUGUAGCACCUGUGUGCCCAUCCUUUGCACCUGACAUCAAGAGGCACAGUUCUGCUUCUGUUGAGAAUGUAUCACACAGCGUUCAUGCCUCGGAUGGACCGGACAUGGAAUAUGGCAGCCCCAUGUGCAGGGAGACCUCAGCUGGUUUUCAAAACGGACUAAACUACAUUGCCUUAAACUUAAUGGAGGGAAAUCUUGGAGCAUGUGAUGGACUUCUAAGAUUCAAGGCUGCAUGUGGCUGCAAAGGAGGGAUGAACGGAUUCAACACAAGCCCCUAUGCCAGCCUGGGAUUCAAAGAAACCGCUACUGCUGUGAAAGAAUGAAGACGGAGGGUCACCCCACGCCCCCGUUCUCCUUGUUACCACGACGACAGCUGGACCAUUUGCUGCAGCCCAAGUCCUUCGACCUUUGACCUUUAUGCCGCCUUUGAGGGUCAUGGGGACGGCCAUCGUCAUGACAACACAGACACUUGACCCUUUCCCCCAAAUUUUUCCCUCUGUUUUUCUCCACACCAAAACAUUGAGGCGCCAUCUCUGCUGCUGUUAUAGAGUACUUAACCAGGACUGAAAUGGACUUGGGAUUUAGAGUAUUUAUAUCUGUUAGACCUGCAAACCUCUCUGCAGUAUACGAUGUUAUUUACCAUUGUUCACUUUUAACUGGUUGGUAGCCAGAAGACCCUUGCAUGAAAAUCUGUGAACCAAACCUGGAGAACACAUGCAAAAAAUGCAUACAGAUUCCAUAUAUUUAUUUAUUUAUCCAGUAUGUAUGCCUCUGAAGAAUGUGUGAAUUUCUAAAGAGAUUAUUCUGCAAAAAUGGCAUUUGUGAAGAUUUUAAGAUCAGUUUUGCUUAAAGAAAACCUACCUCACCAUUUGCCGGGUUGGUACCAGUUCACACAGACAAAAUUAUAAUGAAUAUUAUAUGAUCAUAUUUAUUUUCAGAAGUGAAUGUUUUUAACUCACCAGUCCAAAGCCUUACCCAUCCACCGGGCCUCUUCUGGUGGAUAAUUUUUUUUAGUUUGGACCUAUAAACACGCAGUAUAUCAAAGAUCACUUAAGACUGAAUGUUUGGCACAGUAGAAUGAGAUUUAUUUUGUUUUCAUUAGAACAGUGAAAUGUAUCCAGAGCAGAGUAAUAUAUUUAUUCAGAUGACAGCAAAAGAGUAGGAAGUGCUGAUUCAUACACACUUGGAUGGAGAGGAUUAAGCUGUAUGUCAUGGGUUAGCCUAGCGUGUCCUUGGUCGACCCUGAGUUCACAUGUAACUGGUCUCCCAUCUCUGCACCUUCAGCACUCUCACUCCGGUGCCCACUCAUUCACGGGACAGGAACAAACAAAAACACUCAUUAGUAGUUAAUGAACGACUAAUACAGAAUGGCUCUCGUCUCAGCGAUGCCCACCAGAUGAUGGCUGGGGCAGGUGGGGGCGGGGCCUAUUAGUGCGGUCAGGGCAGGACACUUACCCUUGGACUGAGCCACUCCUGUAGCUAAGAGGCCGCAAGACAGGCCGGGCGCGCCACAGCUAAUGCACGGUGUUGCACUUACCAAGUUUCUCGAUUGUAACACAAGACACGUUGAAUGUAAUAUUUGUUCCAAGCCUGGGAACAUCAGCGUCAACGGAUACCACCGCCACAACACCUACUAAACACAGGGGUAGAUUCUAUAACAGACACAAAUUAUUCUCCAUCGUUUGCAAAGAGAAACAUACCAGGGGACGCAUCUUAAUUUAUCUGAAUUCACUGGUACUUAACCUUCGCCUAUAUAUUGUACAUAGUGUGAGAAUUCAUUGCUGCAGAAGCGAUGUUAAGUUAAUAAGUUAUGUUUGUUUUGUAUAUAUCCUUGUAUGUGUUUGAGUGAACUUUCUGACAACAAAAGCACUAAUUGUUAAGUUAUAUGCUAACCUGAACGGUUUAGCUCUGAUUUUUUAAAAACUCUUGUGAAACAAAUGCCACUAUGAGGACAUUUUCUAUUGCGGUUCUAAAAACGACUUUCAGAUAAAUUCUUGUUACUUGACACAAUUAAUUGUUAUAGGUACAACACAAAUGGCAUAUAUGCAAUAUUUACACUUUUUUGAAAAUUAGUUUACAAAGACAUACCAAAUGUAUGAAUUUAAUUAAUAAUAUUUGUUAAAAUAAAAUUAUUGCUGUUUGUACAUUUCUUCUUCGAAAUUGACGUUUUGUUUGUUUUUGCUAAUUAAGCCUAUUGGUGUUUUAAGCAGUGUUUUUUGCAUUUGGAUAAUGUUUUUAUCGCCAUCUAAAAGGUUACAGUAUGGGCUUCUCUUGCUGUGUCUUCUCAUUGUAAAUAUUUCAUACGGAUUGAAUAUUGUGAUGCUACUAAGAGAUGAUAAUUUUAACUUAAUUCAUUGCUUUAGAUUGUACCAAGUCUUUAUAGACACAUGCAAUAAAUAAUGUUAUUUAAGAAA